AUGUCAAAGAAUAUGUCUAAUGAAGAUCUACCCGCCUUGUCCACUGACGAAUCAGCUGGAAACACUACGGAUAACUCAGUUGGUAUGAAUGAAAAUAGUAGAUUACCUUUGCAAAAGGACUUCGCUACGCCACCACCACCUCAGUUAGUCGACCAAAGUUUUUUCUAUAGUCUUGGGCAACUUUCGGCAGAAAACCCGUUAUUUUUUAUGCAGCAACCACAGACAAAUGGGAAUAACGCUUUUGCUGAUCAAUUUUUAAAGGAAAAUGGUGAAAGCAGCAGUAACCAAUCUAGAAUGAAUGUAGGUGAUUCAACUUCUACACUUGCACAAUCUAUUGCUUCCAAUAUGGAAUCUUUCCAAGCUGCCAUCACGACUUCGGUCGGUGAGCAGCCACCUUCUUUUUGGACCGGUCUAAAUAACUUUAUUUCCAAUGUGACACACAAUAACAUAUUUCCAACAUUUCCAAAUAUCGCUCGAAGUUUUUCUGAAUAUCUUUCAAAUCAUCCUGUACCAUUCUUAAGCUCUCUGUAA